AAAUGUUAUUUUUAGCUAUAUUUUCAGAAAAGAUGGGUUUGGAGGCCAUGCAUUUAGAACCUGCAUUAGAAACUAUCAAGGCGGUUCUGAUUCUCGAUAACAACGGUACAAGAAUUCUUGCAAAAUAUUAUGACAGCUCAGUUCUGAGUACUCCACAGGAACAGAAAAAAUUUGAGAAGAAUUUGUUCGGUAAAACGCAUAAGGCAAACAGUGAGAUUAUUAUGUACGAGGGGAUGACUUGUCUUUACAAGAGCAACGUUGAUCUUUUCUUCUAUAUUAUUGGAUCAGUACAUGAGAAUGAGCUUGUACUGAUGUCUGUACUGGAUUGUAUUUACAACUCCGUUUCUCAAAUCCUUCGGAAGAACGUAGAUAGGAGAUCUCUGCUAGAUAACCUAGAGGUGGUCAUGCUUGCCCUAGAUGAGAUGAUAGAUAACGGUAUUAUCCUUGAAGCAGACCCUGCUGCUCUCGUUGCUAGAGUUGCUCUUAGAGCAGAUGAUAUUCCUCUAGGAGAGCAAACUGUAGCACAGGUUUUACAGUCGGCCAAGGAACAAUUGAAGUGGUCUCUUCUCAAGUAAACAUCGGCGGCCAAUGAUAAAUCGUCAGCCAGCAAAAUAUUUUGGUGCACAGAAAUGUUCUAAAUUUAAGAUUCCUCUAAACUUUUAAACAAUUAUUUCUCAUAGCUUUAGUUCACAAUUUUGUCACACAAUAUGUUGUUGCAUUUAAUAUUUAAUUAUGAUUUUUAAUUUAUUUUGUUUUUUCCUACUUUUGUUAUAAAUGUUGUAAUCAAUGAUGGUAUUGAAAACAGUGAUAUUUUAAUAAAGAAAUUUUAUCCUAA